UGUUAUCAAUCAAUGGUCUGGCUUUCUGUUUAGAUUAUCUUUGUACACAAUGUACGGGGAGGACAGUCGAUUAUCCUCUAAACUCGUUCUAGUUCCAGGAUUGACUCGUUCCGCCUGUUCCCCUUUCCCUCCCGGUCCUCGACGUCGGUGUGUGCGCAUGUAUCAGGGAAUGGUGGCAGGAGGAUCAUUGUUAUCUACCUUAGUCAUCACCAGCACUACUCCGUACUGCGUACGGCCUGCGUACCUAUCUCUUAGUUACCCACGACAAGACGUGGCCACUUGUCACCCGCAUCAACAAUUCGAUACAUCCAACCCAUCAAUGCAAUUCCAACAAUUGUCUUGACUAUUUCACUUGAUGCAGUGUACAGUAUUAUA